AUGUCGUCGAGACUCGUCGCCGCUCGCGCGCCGACGAGUCUCGCGUCGUCGUCGGCGUCGGCGGCGGCUCGUCGGCGUCGACACGCCGCGGCGACGGCGUCCUCUUCCACGUCGGCGCCGUCCGACGUGGUCGGCGACCGAGGCGUCUCGUCUCGCCGCCGCGCGCUCCUCGCCGCGCUCGCGCUCGCGACGGCUCCGGUUCGUCCUCCCCGGGCGUCCGCGGCGUCCGCGGCCGACGCGCUCGCGGACGCACGCGAGCUGUACGGCGCGGGCGGGCUCGAAGACGCGGAGGCGGUCCUCGAGCGCGCGGUCGCGGUCGCGGACGAUCGCGAUCUCGAAGCGUCGUCGAAAGCCGCGCUCCUAAAGCUUCUCGGCGACGUCCGCGUGGACGCGUACGCGUACGAGCGCGCGAUGCGCGCGUACGACGCCGCGCUGGAGGCGGACCCGCGCGGCGCGAGCGCGAGCGGCGCGCACUUUGGCCGCGCGAACGCGCUCGAGGGCCUCGCGGCGGCGGCGGCGACGGCGGCGGCGGCGACGGCGUUGUACGAGUCGGCGAUCGACGACUACGGCGCGUGUCUCGAGCUCGCCAAACCCGGCGGCGCGGGCCCCGCGGUGCCGCUGUUCGAGCGCGCGCAGGCGUACAAACGGCUGGAACGGUGGGACGACGCGCGGAGGGACUACGCCGCCGCCGCGGUCGCGUUCGCCGACGCGCGCGCGCGAAAGGAGCAAAAAAUCGCCGAGGCGCAAGCCGCGUUCGCGACGUUCGAGACGGGCGACGUCGCCGCCGCGCGCCGCCAACUCGAAACGCUGAGCCGCCAGCUGUACUCCAGCGACGUGCGAGCCGCGCUCGUGGCGUGUUACUGGGUCGCGGGCGACGCCGCGCGCGCGGAAGAUCUGUGGCUCUCGCUGUGCGAGAUGGACGCGUCGCGGUGCGGCAAUCGGAGAGAGUCGGAGUACGCGGACGCGGGCUGGUUGCUCGAGCGCAGGAAGUGGACCCCGGGGCUCGCCGCGGGGAUGGGCGACUUUCUCGCGCUGAGGCCGGCCGCGGCGGCGGUCGAGUAG